AUGACCGUAAAUCACCUCAAUCACUGUUUGCAAAUUCCUCCUGGACAUCCUGGACAAUCAAUCCAAACAGAUGAUUCUGAAGCAGAGAACACUGAUCUUCCGUACGAAGCUUCCAACAUAAGCAUGAAGCAUAGCAUGGCUUUCCCAGUUGAAAGACGAGUUACUCAGGUGUAUAAUCGGACGCAUUGCCCUUCGUCAUCCAUCGAACAGUCUAUAGCUUCCAAAUUCAUCCACCUUUGUAGCAGAAAAAACAUUUCCAUUCCUCCAACAAUAGCAACCGUACAUACUCAUUUGCUAAAAGCCCCCAACAAGCACAUGCCCAGUAAAUCGCUUUAG